GGGGACAACCCAGAAGCCGCGUUGAAGGAUUUUAAGGCAAUCGUAGAGGCAGAACCUGAAAAGGACCCGUUAACUUCGUUUGCCACAAGGGGAUUCAAGGCGCUUAAGCAACAAACCAAGCUCCUCUUCCUUGUCUUACACAGACCAGCAGAGGCCCUCCAAACUUACAAACAACUUCUAACGUACACGAAAUCGGCGGUUACGCGCAAUUACUCAGAGAAGACGAUCAACAGCGUCUUGGAUUAUGUUGGCGGUGCGAAAAGCGGCGCUGAUGCAGAUGUCCUCGAGCGUUUCUACGAAGCUACAAGAAAUGCACUAAAAGAGGCAAAGAAUGAUCUUCUCGCUGACCUUCAAGUAUCUACACAGCAAGGAGGAGACGAAGACCAGGCCGCUAAAGGGACACUGUUGCAAGAAAUCUAUGCACUGGAGAUUCAAAUGUACAACGAGACCAAGAACUACAAGAAGCUUAAGGAGAUUUACUAUGCAUCUGGCCAAGUCACCUCUGCCAUUUCUCAUCCUCGAGUAGUAGGAGUAAUCAAAGAAUGCGAACAAUGGGAAAAGGCUUCCGAAGACUUCUUUAGCUCUUUCCACAAUUAUGAUGAGGCUGGUUCACCUCAACGGAUACAGGUUCUCAAAUACUUGGUGUUGGCUUACCUUCUUAUGGGGAGCGAAAUCGAUCCGUUCGACUCACAAGAGACAAAGCCGUACAAAAAUAACCCGGACAUCAAAGCGGUUACCGACCUAGUGGGGGCUUACCAGAGGCGAGAGGUUCACGAAGCCGAGAAAAUCCUCAGAGAGAACCAGUCAACAUUCAUGGACGAUCCUUUUAUCAAGUCUUAUAUUGGUGAUUUGCUCCGAGCCUUACGAACCCAAUACCUCAUAGCCUUAAUUAAGCCGUAUACUCGUCUUGACCUCAGUUUCUUAGCCAGGCAACUAAAUAUCGACAAGCCGGAGGUUGAAGAGAUACUGAUCGGUCUUAUUCUCGAAGGAAAAGUUGAAGGCAGGAUUGAUCAAGUUGCCCAAAGACUCGAGUUGGACCGCCACCAAAUAUUAGAAAAGCGUCGCUAUCAGGCCCUUGAUCAGUGGGCAGGUACUCUCGAAAGUAUUCAUGCCGCCGUUGUAAGUAAGACUGCAGGUCGAGGAGGUGGAGGUGGCCCAGAAGGCUUUGAAUUUGAACCACAAAGAUGGAGAAUGGAAUAA